AUGUCCUUUGCUGAGAAUUCUCAAAAGAGUAGUAAUAUAGUGGCCAUGAUUUUCUCUCCUGCAGUUAUAUUAAUUACCAAGAAAGUAGUUAAGAACAUUAUGGCUAGUGACGUUGAGUUUCUCAACUUUUUAAUAAGACGACUCUAUUUCAUUAGCGCGAAGAUCUGGCUAGGGACAUUCGAGACAGUCAACGCAGCGGCACGAGCAUAUGAUGAAGCGACGAUCUUGAUGAAUGGCCACCAAGCUAAAACAAAUUUUCCAGUAAAGAAGAACAAUGACAAUAUUACUGAUCAUGACACAAAUUCAAGUAAAGACACUCUUUUAUCUCCACCAGAACUUUUAGACAUAUUAAGUGCUAAAUUGAGAAAAUCUUGCAAGAUUAAUGAUUCAUUUGAUAGGAUAGGACCCUGA